GCUGUUGUUUGUUCGUUUUGUUUUUAAAGGGGAGAUCCAGGUCCACCCGGCAAAGGAGUGGAGAUCAAGGAUCUGGAGAGACUUUUUGAAGCAUAUGGGAUCAAGUUGGGGCUGCUGAAGGAACUGACUGAUCUUCUCCUGAGGGAAGGGUUUGAAGCUCUGAUCCAGCGGCGGGCCAGCUCCGGGAAAAGCAAGCCAGCCAAGAAAAAGGAGGGUUUUACACAAGCUACGGACUAUGCUGCUUCGCUGAAGUAUGAUUUUUCUAGCAACCCUCUUACCAGUAUAGAAGUGACUGAAGAAGACCUGAGUAUGGAUGUCGGGCCUCAGCUUACAGUUCCAGAAGCUGUAGGACAUCCUACUAAGGAUGUAACAAGCCAGAAGAAACCUCUGGUUGAUGGGGCAACAGCCAUCAGUCUUGGUGACUACACCGAAGUGGAAGUAAUGGUAAACCAGACGCGCUCAUGUCAGAGACAGCCGGAGGCUAAGAAACGGAAAGGCAGCCCUAGACCUCUGAAUGCAACCCGGCUACAAACUAGCCAAGAAGAGCCCACUACAGGGCAACAACAUACUGCUGAAAAUACUUCUCUUGAGUGCCAGGAGGUGGAUGGGUCAGUAAUAAGGGAGAAUGAAGAGGCUCGGCAGAGCCCAGCUGGUCUUGCUCUGGGGUCGGAGCCUCCCGCACUGGGAAACAUUUCUGCGGAGACGCCAGAGCCCUUGAAGAAGAGGAGGAAGGAGAAAGACGUGAGCAGAGAAAAUGCAGAUCCAGUUGACGGCCCGGAGUUAACAAGCCGUGUUAGAGUCAGAAGAACGGCUGAGCGACAGAGGCACAUGGCUCACUCACCUGGUCCCACUGGAGUUCAGAAGUCCCCGGCUGGAUAUGUGGGAGAAAAGGGAUCUCCCGGAGCCAGAGGAGACAAAGGAGAAAAGGGCACUAAAGGAGACAGAGGAGAAAAUGGUCAAAAGGGAGAACCAGGAAUUGGGUUCAGAGGCCCCGCUGGUCAGGCUGGGCCCCCUGGGCAUAAGGGGGAGCCCGGGGCCCCGGGACCUCCGGGAGUGCAGGGCAUCCAGGGUAUUCGUGGCAACCCUGGCAUUCCAGGAUCGCCGGGAGAGAGAGGCGCCCCGGGUCCACCUGGCAUGCCAGGGCAGAAGGGGGAACGUGGUAAGAGAGGCAGGAAUGGAUCCACUGGGCCAGCAGGACCUCCCGGGCCCCCGGGAAAACAGGGGAUUCGAGGGCUGCCCGGGACCAAUGGCAACAAGGGGGAGAUCGGCCUCGGCGUGGCAGGUGCGAGAGGUCCCCGUGGACUGCCUGGCCCCGGGGGGGAGGAGGGCAUUGCAGGAGUCCGAGGCCCCAUUGGCAUGAUGGGUCCGAAAGGUCUGCCUGGAACGAAAGGAGAAAGAGGUGAUCGUGGCUUCCUGGGACCCAAGGGAGAAAGAGGUGAACCCAUUAUUAUUUUUGGACCUCAAGGCUAUAAAGGCAACAAAGGAGAUCCGGGUGAGCGGGGCCCGCCAGGCUUCGAUGGAGACAAAGGCGAGAAAGGGGAGGAUGGGCCUGCAGGAGAAAAGGGGGUCAAAGGUGAGGCAGGUGUCAAAGGGGCCAUGGGACUGUUCGGUGCCAGAGGACCAGUGGGACAGAAGGGAGAACCCGGAGAACCUGGCCUGCCUGGAUUUGCUGGCAUGGCUGGCCUCGAGGGGAAGAAUGGAAUCAAAGGAGCUAAAGGUGACCGAGGUCUGCAGGGUCAAAAGGGGGAACCGGGAGCGAAAGGUGAUCCUGGUAUAACUGGAGACCUUGGACGGAAAGGAUCUAAGGGCUUACUUGGUUUUCCUGGGCAGAUGGGUAGCCCUGGUGCAGAUGGAAUAAAGGGUGAGACUGGCAGCCCUGGAAAACCAGGGAUACCAGGGUCAGACGGACUGCUUGGGCCAAAGGGUGAGCGAGGAAUGUCAGGUGCAGAUGGCCCCAUGGGAGUUUCUGGGGAGAAAGGAGAAAAGGGGGCCAAGGGAAUUCCUGGCUUGGGCGGAUUUAAAGGGCAGGUUGGAUUCCCGGGGAAGACUGGUGUGGCUGGACCUCCUGGAUCUCAAGGACCACAAGGUGACCCGGGACCACAGGGUACAAGAGGUAGAAGAGGAAGACCUCAGCUCUGCCUCAGGGGUCCUCCAGGUACUCCUGGCAACAAAGGAGAAAAGGGAGAAAAUGGUCCAGCUGGUCUGAAAGGAGAGAAAGGAGAUCCUGGCCUUUCUGAAGAAGAAGUGAAGGACGUGGUCAGGAGUGAAAUGAGUGACAAAUGCGGUAAGUAA